UAAGACUAUUGUUUACUUUCCUUCAAACUAGAUCCAGAUCUAAGGCCUGAAAGGUUAAUUCCGUCAUUUCCGAAUAUCUUCCUGUAAAUCUUACUCUAUUCAUUUCUUUUCGUUCUCCCCUUACCACUGCCAAACUCCCCUCACAUCUCUCUUCCUCCUAUCCUCGCCGGCGUUGCCGUUUUCCUCCGCCACAGAUCACCCAUUAAUCCACCCCUCGCCGGCGUUACCACUUCAAAAUGACGAAAUUACUCCUUCUCCUCCCGCUUCUCCUCCUUUGUCUUGUCUCAUUUACCACUGGCGAGAUAAAAAACCUCAAAAUCUCCUCCGAUCCACGUGCUAUGAUCCUCUUCGAGCGGUUCGGAUUCACACAUACGGGUCAAGCCGCAAUCUCAGUCUCCUCUGUCUCCGUUAUCUCCACCUUAGCUACGCCCGACCCGUCGCGUCUCGGAUUCUUCCUCUUAUCAGAAGAAUCCCUAAUUCAAGUCCUCCUUGAGCUCCAACAAAACCCUAAUUUCUGCGUUCUCAAAUCCAAUUUCAUCAAUAACCUCUUCACUUUCCGCGAUCUCUCGCCUCCACCAAAUUCCUCAUUCAACCGAUCUUACCCCGUUACUUCCCCCAAUGAAUAUUCCCUCUUUUUUGCCAAUUGUGCCCCUGAAUCAAAAGUGUCCAUGGACGUCCGUACAGAACUGUAUAACCUUGAUAAUCAAGUGAAAGAUUAUCUUUCAGCUGGGCUAACUCAGCUUCCCACGUUGUACUUUCUAUUUUCGUUUGUUUAUUUUGGAUUUUUAGGGUUAUGGUUGUAUGUGUGUUUCAAUAAUAAGAAAUCUGUGCAUCGGAUUCAUAUGCUUAUGGCUGCUUUAGUUGUAAUGAAGGCUUUGAACUUGGUUUUCGCGGCGGAGGAUAAGCAUUAUGUUAAGGUUACUGGAACUGCACAUGGU